CAAAAGGCAAAAGACUGAAACUUUAUGCUACCAAAUCUGGAAUAGUGAAUAAAGGCGAAUGAGAAGACUGUUGUUUCUUGACAAGGGCCGCCCAUUACCAAAGUUUGGAGAAUGGGAUGUGAAUGAUCCUUCUUCAGCUGAGGGGUUUACUGUUAUCUUCAACAAAGCUAGAAACGAGAAAAAGGGUGGUGGGGUGUCUGAUCUACCAGGGAAAGAUGAACAUGCUGGAUAUAAUAAAAAUGACCACGUUCUUGGGAAGCCCACUAAAAAGUGGUUUUGCUGUGUACAAUCUAGUCGCGCAGAAUAAGUGGCGAGGUCUUAGCCUUGCAAGGUCGUUUUAUCUAUAUCUAAAAGUCAUACUGCGUCAAGAAGACUGAAGCUUGUCUGAGAAGCCAUGAAGUCACUUGUGGAUAACUGGUCGGAGUUGUUUCUGAGUGGUGUGUUUUGGUGAUUCUGGUUUUGGUGCAAGGAUGAUGAAUGUAUUUAGAUAACAACAGUGUCUUUUCUUGGUAUUGGUGUGAUGGAUUUUGUUUGUGUUUUAUCCUUCACUUCUGAGUCAUACACCACUUAAUAUUUAAUUGAUAUCUCUCUU